AUGCUUGAGGCUGAUGUGUCUCCCAUCAAACGAAUAUUAUUUAUGGUUGAUGACACUGAAGAUAUUAUUGAUUCUCCCUCCCACUCUCAUCAUGAUGACCACCCUCCACCACUAACUCCACCUAUUGGGAACAUUCCUCAAGCUUUAUUUCAACCUCUUCCACCUUUAAAUCCUCCCCCUCCAAUUCCCCCUGCACCUAUCAACACUCCUCCAAAGUCUCCACUAGGGUCUCUUCCGCAUCCUAAUACUGAUUAUGAUGAAGGUUUUCUAGAUAUGAACUUCAUGUCACGAGUUAUGCCUCUUAACAUUAUUUAUCCAGAAGCUAUUCCUAAGGGGGAGGUUCCUCAAGGCGCUGAUAAUGAUGUUUAG